AAGUUGUUGAACACAGUUAUUAUGUGUUAGUAUGUUGUCAAUUCUGUGUUAUUUUGUUAUUUUAAUUUCACAAGCCUCAACAGAAACGAACUAAUAUAUAUAUUUUUUAAUUAUUAAACACUAUAAAUUAUUUAUAAGUUGCAAUAAUGAAGGAGAUUUCAGAAAUAAUAAAAUACAGUGAUCUUGUAAACUUGCUAGAAAAAAUUCAAAACUCAAAAGAUAUCCGUCAAAAAGAAAAUUGUUUAAAGAAAUUUAUCGAAAAUUUUAAUAAGAUUAAACAAGAAUCUCAUUUAACAGGUUCUGAUUCUACAUUUUACUGUGUGUUACGAAUUUUACUUCCAAACACAGAUGGAAGAACCUAUGGCAUAAAAACCACAACAAUGGGCAAAAUUUAUGUUAAGAUUCUUGGUUUGGCACCAAAUGGGGAAGAUGCCAAAAAGUUAACUUAUAAAAACGAAAAUCAAUCUUAUGAAGGAGAUUUCGCAAACAUAGCUUUUAACGUUUUAAAAAGUAGACCAAAUAAUGGCAGUAAUUUUUCAUUGAAACAAUUACAUGAUCUUCUUGAUGUAAUAGUAAAUAAUAACCGGCAAGUCGUUGAAAGUGAAUUGACCAAAUUUUUCGAAAUUGCCACUGCUAUGGAACAAAAAUGGUUUAUAAGAAUUUUAUUUAAAAGGCUUCAUUUAGGAAUUGGUGAACAAAAAAUAUUUUCAAUUUAUAAUAAUAAAGCAAGACCUCUGUACAUGAAAUUGACAAAUUUGUAUAAAGUUUGUGAUAUCAUAGAAUCAGGAAAACAUUUUGAUCUUGAUAAAGUAGAAGUCGAAUUAUUUCAACAUAUUAAAGCCAUGUUAUGCCAAAAAAUACAACCAACAAAAUUCAAACAAAUUUUUGAACAAAGUGCCUUUUAUUAUUUAGAAACAAAAAUGGAUGGUGAAAGAUUUCAAAUACAUAUGAAAAAUGGUACAUUCAAAUAUUUAUCAAGAAAUGGCAUAGACUACACAAAAAAUUUCGGUGAAAAUAUCAAUGCUGGUUCUCUUACAUGUAAUAUUAAAAAUUUAUUAAACUCUUCGGUAGAAUCAAUUAUACUGGAUGGUGAAAUGAUGGUGUGGAGUAAAACUAAACAAAGCUUUUGUGUUAAAGGUGAAAACUAUGAUGUUAAGCAUUUGAAAUCUGGUGGGGAUCUUAAUCCUUGUUUUGUUGUAUUUGAUAUAUUAUAUUUAAAUAAUGAAUCAUUCUUGGAAAAACCUUAUUUUGAAAGAAUAAGAAAAAUUCACGAAAUUUUGAAAGUACAAAAAGGAAUUUUACAGCUUUGUCAUAAAGAUAAAGUUAACAGUUUGGAAGAAUUUAUAGAAAAAUUUAAUGAAGCUAUGAAUGCAAAUGAAGAGGGCAUAGUACUAAAGCAUCCAUCAUCAAUUUAUAAACCAGGAAUAAGAGGCGAUGGAUGGUAUAAACUUAAACCUGACUAUGUUGAUGAUGUUAUAGCAGAUCUUUGUUUUAUUAUUAUGGGCGUAACUUUUGAUCGUUCGAAAAAUUACAUUAAUAGUUAUUUACUAGGUGCCUUAAAUAAAAAUGAAGAAGAACCAUGUGCAUCAAAAAUAUAUUCCGUUGCAACCGUUAAUUCUGGACUAUCAAAUGUAGAAAAGGAGCAACUAAAUAAUAGAAUAAAAGAACAUUUGGUAAAAGAAAAGCCUGAAAACUUUGUGAUUGGAAAGCUAGAAGCAGAUUCUUGGUUGCCUCUAAAAAAUACUGUUUUAUUGGAUGUAACAGCAACAGAAUUAAGCAAAAGUGAAGAUUUUAAAACAGACUUCACAUUAAGAUUUCCGAGAAUACUAUCAAUAAGAACAGAUAAAGUUUGGUUAGAAUCAACAUCCAUUCAAGAAUUGUGUAAUGAAACUGAAGAAAAUGAGAGGGUUAAGAAAAUAUAUAAACGUAAUCUUGAUGCUAAAGAUUUUGCUCCAGCGAAAAAAAUAAAACUUCUUUUGGAAAAUCCUUACAAAUCUAAUUUUAUUCCCGAUAAUGUACAACGAUUAUCUUCAAUUUUUGAAAAUUUUGAAUUUUGCGUCUUAUCAGGUUCAGUUGAUGGCAAAUAUUCAAUUGAAGAUUUGAAAAAAAUUGUGGUACAACAUGGUGGCAAGGUUGUUGAAAAUCCAACUGUACGUAAAAGUUGUAUAUGCAUUGCAGGAAAAAUGGGAUUUCGAGCAAAAAAAAUUAGUGAAACAGGUCAACAUAACAUUAUUAAAUAUAGUUGGCUAAUUGACAAUUUCUCAAAUAGAAGUAAUAUAAAAUUUUGCCGUCCAAAACCGAGAGACAUCAUUUUUGCAACAGAAGAAACAGAAUCAAAGCAAGUAAAAUAUUUCGACAAAUAUGGAGAUUCAUAUACAGAUCAUGUUGACAAUAAAGAAUUAAAAAUUCUGUUUGAUGACAUUGAAAAUCCCCCUCUCUUAUCAUAUAAUGAAAUAGAAAAUUUGAAAACUGAACUAGAUAGCUGUUGGCUAAAAAAUAAACUUAUAUAAUUUUUUUCUUGUUUAAAUUUUAAUAAAGGUAUGGUUUUGAAAAAAUUCCACAAAUGUAUAUGAAAGUACA